AUGCGUCUACAUACACAGCGAGGCUUUACCAAUCCCACUCCCAAGACCGAAUCUGCGCGUUCCGCUCUGAGCUCCUUCACCUGCACGCUCUGCAACAAGUCUUACUCUCGCCAUCCAGAAUACGAGGCCCAUAUUUCUUCUUAUGACCAUCAACACCGCAAGCGUCUCCAAGACCUCAAGCAGUUAUCCCGGGACCCCAAUGCCGCCGAGAAGGCCAGAAGAGCCGAACGGAAGGCCGACGCCGAGGCCGGGUUAAGAGUCAUCGACACACCCAAAGCUGCAUCAGUAUCUACUACGGGAACGGGCUCUGGAGCAGGUGGAAGUACAGGGGGCGGGGGAGGGUUUAAAAAGGGAGGGUUCAAAAGUUCCUUCACCACUGUGAAAGGACCUGUGGCUCCUGCAGCUCCCACAAAGAAAAACGUCCUAGGCGGUGACGAUGAUGACAACGAAAUUCCAGAAGCAGAUGAUGCGAGUCUGCGGCGCGCUCGGAGCCAAUCGACGAAACGCGAAAAUAUGCAGGUUGAUCAGGCGGAGAGCGAUACUGAUGAAGAGUACGACCGGGAUGGGGGUGUGAAUGGGGUGUAUUACAAUCCUCGAAAUCCUACCGGUUGUUCCCCUGCGUGUGCUGGUGCUAGGAACGUUCCUCUAGAGACUUCUUUUGUCUGA